AUGCACUCCCGGAUUAAAAUCCUGGCGCUUUACGCCUUUUCCAUCACGCUGCUGAUGGGGGUUUUUUACGUGAAGAAAGAGGCAAAGUUGGCAGCGCCAUCAGCGAACCAGAAAGUGGAUGUAGUGAAUCAUAAACUGAAGUCUUUGCUUCUGGGCAAUGCUGAACCCAGCAAGUGUUUGCCAAACUUGACCCUUGCCAAUUUGUCUCUCUCCCUUCCGGAGCUUCACCGCGUCUUCUUAACGUACAAGCACUGCCGGAACUUCUCGGUCCUGUUGAAGCCUUCCAGGUGUAGCAAGGAGACGUUCCUCUUGCUGGCGAUCAAGUCUUCCCCGAUCAACAUAGACCGCCGGGUUGCAAUCAGGAACACGUGGGGAAAGGAGAUCUCCCUCGGUGGCAAGCACAUCAGACUGGUAUUUCUUCUAGGGCGCUCGGAGCCCAAAGUCCAGGUACAGCCCCUGUACCAGCUGCUGGAUUACGAGAGCCAGGAGUUUGACGACAUCCUGCAGUGGGAUUUUGUUGACAACUUCUUCAAUUUGACCCUCAAGGAGCUGCAUUUCCUCCGCUGGUUCAUGGAGGACUGCCAGCAUGCCAGGUUUGUGCUGAAGGGCGAUGAUGAUGUCUUUGUCAACACUUAUAACAUUGUUGAGUUCCUCCAAGAACUGGACCCUGAACAGGAUCUCUUUGUUGGGGAUGUGAUCGCCAAUGCCCGGCCCAUCAGGAACACCAAGGUCAAAUACUUUAUUCCAGAGCCCAUGUACAGAGCCCCGUUCUAUCCUCUCUAUGCAGGUGGAGGGGGCUAUGUGAUGUCUAGAGAGACAGUGCGCCACCUCCAGAGCAUCGCAGAGGACAUGGAGCUCUUCCCAAUAGAUGACGUCUUUGUGGGAAUGUGUCUGGCAAAGAUGGCAGUGACCCCAAAGAACCACGCUGGCUUUAAAACUUUCGGGAUCCAGAGACCUUUCAAUCGUUUUGAUCCAUGCUUGUACAAAGAGCUGAUGGUUGUGCACAAACUAGACCCAACCGAGAUGUGGAUCAUGUGGACGCUGGUAAAGGAUGACAGCAUUAGGUGCGCGGUGUCAGUGACACACAGCUACAGAAGGGGCUGGCAAAGAAGCUACUGA